AUGGACGAAAUCACCGUCGAGUUUGCUGAUCUAGGCAUCGAGGCGUCCUUGUUGGAGAGGCUCAACUCAGAGGUCUUCAACCACGACGAGGCUGUAGACGCUGUUCAUGGCAGAAAACUGCCUCAAGAUCUUGGAGUUCCUACUGUUCGCUACUGUGUCAUUCGUGGACUCCGGCAUCACCUAGAUUUUGCGGUUGUAAAUGCGUCGACGUUUGAAAAAGGACCUGCCAUGUUCAAAAAGGCCGUCAACGCAAGACUUAUCAUGAGUAACAAGAUCCCCGAUAUGGAUGGACCCGAGGAUAGACCUUACUGCAUUUGGCAUCCCGACCUUCCUUCGGAGACGGCGUUGCAGAAACUCGUCGAAAGAUACCCAGACAUGGUAUACCAAGUAGGGAGAGUAUGCGCUUUUGCAGGGUAUAAUGACUUGUACAAGACGCUCGACAUUCUCCCUGAAGUUGCCAUAGCAGAGGAAGCUCAAGACCGAGGUAACAAAGCUAUUUUCGAUCUGAUUAUGGAGAAACCUGUCCGGUGGAAAGUUUUUUAUGACUAUAACGUAUGCAUGCUUGACCCGAAGCCGGCCAACCUGAAUCAUGACACAGUGCUCUAUCGUUCAUUGGCUUUCUAA